AUGACAUUAUAUGUUUCCUGGAGCACUUCAGAGGGACAAAUAUUGGCUAUCACUCUCAAAAACAUGCUACCUAGCCACACAUGUGGAAAUCCUGGGGAAAUACUUAAGGGAGUCCUCCAUGGAGCCAGAUUCAACAUAGGAGAUAAAAUUCGAUACAGCUGCCUUUCUGGAUAUGUUUUAGAAGGUCAUGCUAUGCUUACCUGCAUAGUUAGUCCUGGCAAUGGUGCAUUAUGGGAUUUCCCAGCUCCAUUUUGCAGAGCUGAAGGCGCCUGUGGUGGAACUUUGAGAGGGACAAGUGGUGCUAUUUUUAGCCCUCAUUUCCCUUCCGAGUAUGACAACAAUGCUGACUGCACAUGGACCAUUCUUGCUGAGCCUGGAGAUACCAUUGCUUUGGUCUUUACUGACUUCCAGCUAGAAGAAGGUUAUGAUUUCUUAGAAAUCAGUGGGACAGAAGCACCAUCAAUAUGGCUGACUGGCAUGAAUCUUCCUUCUCCUGUUAUCAGUAGCAAGAAUUGGUUAAGACUCCAUUUCACAUCUGACAGCAACCACCGACGAAAAGGAUUUAAUGCCCAGUUCCAAGUAAAAAAAGCAAUUGAGCUGAAGUCAAGAGGAGUCAAGAUGCUGCCCAACAAGGACAAUAACCAUAAAAAUUCUGUCUUGACUCAAGGGGGUGUUGCUUUAGUGUCUGAUAUGUGUCCUGAUCCUGGAAUUCCAGAAAAUGGAAGGAGAACAGGUUCUGACUUCAGGGUGGGGGCAAGUGUCCAGUUCUCCUGUGAAGAUAAUUAUGUGCUUCAGGGUUCUAAGAGCAUAACCUGUCAAAGAGUCACAGAGACGUUAGCAGCAUGGAGUGACCACCGGCCAAUCUGUCGUGCUAGAACAUGUGGUUCCAACCUCCGUGGACCAAGUGGGAUCAUUACAUCACCUAACUAUCCAGUUCAAUAUGAAGACAAUGCACACUGUGUUUGGGUUAUCACUACAACAGAUCCUGAAAAGGUCAUCAAGCUUGCCUUUGAAGAGUUUGAGCUGGAAAGAGGCUAUGACACUCUAACAGUAGGGGAUGCUGGGAAAGUAGGUGACACUAGAACAGUGUUAUAUGUACUCACUGGAUCUAGUGUACCUGAUCUUAUCGUGAGUAUGAGUAAUCAAAUGUGGCUACAUCUCCAGUCUGAUGAUAGCAUUGGCUCCCCUGGAUUUAAAGCUGUUUACCAAGAGAUUGAUAAGGGAGGAUGUGGUGAUCCUGGAAUUCCGUCUUAUGGGAAAAGAACUGGCAAUAGUUUCCUACAUGGAGAUACUCUUACUUUUGAAUGUCAGGCAGCUUUUGAAUUGGUGGGAGAGAGAGUUAUCACAUGUCAACAGAAUAACCAGUGGUCUGGCAACAAACCCAGCUGUGUUUUUUCUUGUUUCUUCAAUUUUACUACCCCAUCGGGUAUUAUUCUUUCACCAAACUAUCCUGAGGAGUAUGGCAACAAUAUGAAUUGUAUUUGGCUGAUUAUAUCUGAGCCAGGAAGUAGAAUUCAUCUCAUUUUUAAUGACUUUGAUGUCGAGCCUCAGUUUGAUUUCCUUGCUGUCAAAGAUGAUGGGAUGUCUGAUGUAUCAGUUCUCGGCACUUUUUCUGGAAAUGAAGUACCUUCCCAGUUGGCCAGCAGUGGUCACAUUGUACGCUUGGAGUUUCAAUCAGAUCAUUCUACAACAGGGAGAGGUUUCAAUAUCACUUACACUACAUUUGGUCAGAAUGAAUGCCAUGACCCUGGCAUUCCUAUAAAUGGAAGGCGUUUUGGAGAUCGAUUUCUCUUAGGAAGUUCUGUUUCUUUCCAUUGUGAUGAUGGUUUUGUCAAAACUCAAGGAUCAGAGUCCAUAACCUGCAUCAUGCAGGAUGGAAAUGUGGUUUGGAGCUCUACUGUUCCACGUUGUGAAGCACCAUGUGGUGGACAUUUGACAGCAUCCAGUGGGGUUAUUUUACCACCAGGAUGGCCAGGAUAUUAUAAAGACUCUUUAAAUUGUGAAUGGGUCAUUGAAGCAAAACCAGGACAUUCAAUCAAGAUCACUUUUGAUAGAUUUCAGACAGAAGUCAAUUAUGACACCUUAGAAGUUCGAGAUGGACCAGCUAAUUCAUCACCUCUGAUAGGAGAAUACCACGGGACUCAAGCACCACAGUUCUUGAUCAGUACUGGCAACUACAUGUACCUACUAUUCACUACUGACAACAGUCGCUCAAGUGUUGGAUUUCUCAUUCACUAUGAAAGUGUAACACUAGAAUCAGAUUCCUGCCUUGAUCCAGGGAUCCCUGUGAAUGGUCAUCGACAUGGCAAUAAUUUUGGCAUCAGGUCUACAGUGACUUUCAGUUGUGAUCCAGGAUAUACAUUAAGUGAUGAGGAGCCACUUGUAUGUGAAAGGAACCAUCAGUGGAAUCAUGCAUUGCCAAGCUGUGAUGCUCUGUGUGGAGGCUACAUUCAUGGGAAGAGUGGAACUGUACUUUCACCAGGAUUUCCUGAUUUCUAUCCAAACUCUCUAAAUUGUACUUGGACUAUUGAAGUAUCUCAUGGAAAGGGUGUUCAAAUGAUUUUUCACACUUUUCACCUUGAGAGCUCUCAUGAUUACCUGCUGAUUACAGAAGAUGGAAGUUUCACAGAGCCUGUUGCCAGGCUUACUGGUUCUGUGCUACCUCAUACAAUUAAAGCUGGUCUAUUUGGAAACUUCACUGCACAACUUCGGUUUAUAUCAGAUUUCUCAAUUUCUUAUGAAGGCUUCAAUAUCACAUUUUCAGAAUAUGAUUUGGAACCAUGUGAUGAUCCAGGUGUUCCUGCUUUCAGCCGAAGAAUUGGUUUUCACUUUGGAGUUGGGGAUUCUCUGACCUUUUCGUGCUUCUCUGGAUAUCGUUUGGAAGGUGCAACUAAGCUUACCUGCCUGGGUGGGGGACGUCGUGUGUGGAGUGCACCUCUGCCAAGGUGUGUGGCUGAAUGUGGAGCAAGUGUUACUGGAAAUGAAGGAACAUUACUGUCUCCAAAUUUUCCAUCGAACUAUGACAACAACCAUGAGUGCAUCUAUAAAAUUGAAACUGAAGCUGGAAAGGGAAUUCAUCUUAGAGCCCGAAGCUUUCAGCUCCAUGAAGGAGAUGUGCUCAAGGUUUUUGAUGGAAAAGAUAGUGCCUCACGCCCUCUGGGAGCCUUCUCUAAAAAUGAACUGAUGGGAUUGAUCCUCAAUAGCACAUCUAACCACUUGUGGAUGGAAUUCAAUACAAACGGAUCAGACACUGACCAAGGAUUUCAGCUAACUUACACAAGUUUUGAUCUAGUAAAAUGUGAAGAUCCGGGAAUCCCAAAUUAUGGCUAUAAGAUCCGAGAUGAAGGGCAUUUUACUGACACCAUCGUCCAGUACAGCUGUAAUCCUGGAUAUGCGAUGCAUGGUAGUAGCACCAUGACCUGCUUGAGUGGAGACCGAAGAGUGUGGGACAAGCCUUUGCCUUCAUGCAUUGCUGAAUGUGGUGGUCGAAUCCAUGCUGCCACAUCCGGUCGGAUUUUGUCUCCAGGUUACCCUGCACCUUAUGACAAUAAUCUUCACUGCACAUGGAUCAUAGAAGCAGACCCAGGGAAGACCAUCAGUCUCCAUUUCAUUGUUUUCGACACUGAAAUGGCUCAUGACAUCCUCAAGGUUUGGGAUGGUCCAAUAGAUAGCAACAUUUUCCUGAAAGAAUGGAGUGGGUCUGCUCUGCCUGAGGACAUCCAUAGCACCUUCAACUCAUUGACCCUUCAGUUUGACAGUGACUUUUUUAUCAGCAAGUCAGGAUUUUCCAUUCAAUUCUCAACAUCUAUUGCAUCAACUUGCAAUGACCCUGGUAUGCCUCAAAACGGCACCCGCUACGGAGACAGCCGAGAACCUGGAGAUACCAUAACUUUUCAAUGUGAUCCUGGAUAUCAGCUUCAAGGACAGGCUAAAAUCACUUGCGUGCAACUGAAUAACCGAUUCUUCUGGCAGCCAGACCCUCCUACAUGCAUAGCUGCAUGUGGAGGAAAUCUGACAGGUCCAGCAGGUGUCAUUUUAUCACCUAACUACCCACAACCAUAUCCUCCUGGGAAAGAAUGUGAUUGGAGAAUAAAAGUAAACCCAGACUUUGUCAUUGCCCUGAUUUUCAAAAGUUUCAACAUGGAACCAAGUUAUGAUUUUCUUCAUAUCUAUGAAGGUGAAGAUUCCAAUAGUCCUUUAAUUGGGAGUUUUCAAGGUUCUCAGGCACCAGAAAGAAUAGAGAGCAGUGGAAACAGUCUUUUUUUGGCUUUUCGAAGUGAUGCUUCAGUUGGCCUAUCUGGAUUUGCCAUUGAAUUUAAAGAAAAGCCCCGGGAAGCCUGUUUUGACCCUGGAAAUAUAAUGAACGGGACAAGAAUUGGAACAGACUUUAAACUCGGUUCAACUGUGACUUAUCAAUGUGAUUCUGGUUAUAAGAUUGUUGAUCCUUCAUCCAUAACUUGUGUGAUUGGCAUAGAUGGAAAACCUGCCUGGAAUAGAGUCUUGCCAUCUUGCAAUGCUCCCUGUGGAGGACAGUACACUGGAUCAGAAGGGGUAGUUUUGUCACCGAAUUACCCUCACAAUUACACAGCUGGUCAGAUGUGCCACUAUUCAAUAACUGUACCAAAGGAAUUUGUUGUGUUUGGGCAGUUUGCCUAUUUUCAGACAGCCCUAAAUGAUUUGGCAGAAUUAUUUGAUGGAGCACAUCCACAGGCCAGACUUCUCAGCUCACUUUCUGGUUUCCAUUCAGGGGAAACACUGCCUUUGGCUACGUCCAAUCAAAUUCUGUUGCGGUUCAGUGCAAAAAGUGGUGCAUCUGCCAGGGGAUUCCAUUUUGUUUACCAAGCUGUUCCACGUACAAGUGAUACACAAUGCAGUUCUAUCCCAGAGCCAAGAUAUGGAAGGAGAAUUGGCUCUGAAUUUUCAGCCGGUUCAAUUGUUCGAUUUGAGUGCAACCCUGGAUAUCUACUUCAAGGCUCCAAAGCAAUCCGGUGCCAAUCAGUGCCUAAUGCAUUAGCUCAAUGGAAUGACACAAUACCAAGCUGUGUAGUUCCCUGCAGUGGCAAUUUCACACAAAGGAGAGGUACUAUCCUCUCCCCUGGUUAUCCUGAGCCAUAUGGCAAUAACUUGAACUGCAUAUGGAAGAUCAUAGUCACGGAAGGAUCAGGAAUUCAGAUUCAAGUAAUCAGCUUUGCCACAGAACAAAACUGGGAUUCCCUCGAAAUCUAUGAUGGUGCAGAUAUGACUGCACCAAGACUUGGAAGUUUUUCAGGUACUACUGUGCCAGCAUUGUUGAACAGUACCUCCAAUCAACUCUAUUUGCACUUUCAAUCAGAUAUUAGUGUGGCAGCAGCUGGUUUUCACCUGGAAUACAAAACUGUUGGCCUUGCAGCAUGCCAAGAACCAGUACUUCCUAGUAAUGGCAUCAAAAUAGGAGAUAGGUACAUGGUGAAUGAUGUUCUCUACUUCCAGUGUGAGCCAGGAUACACAUUACAGGGUCGUUCUCAUAUUUCUUGUAUGCCAGGAACAGUUCGACGGUGGAAUUAUCCAUCUCCCCUUUGCAUUGCAAAAUGUGGUGGAACACUGAACAGCAUGACUGGAGUGAUCUUGAGUCCAGGUUUUCCAGGAGCUUACCCCAACAAUUUAGAUUGUACCUGGAAGAUCUCAUUGCCGAUUGGUUAUGGUGCACAUAUUCAAUUUCUGAAUUUUUCUACUGAAGCUAAUCAUGACUAUCUUGAAAUUCAAAACGGACCUUUUCAUACCAGUCCUAUGAUUGGCCAGUUUAGUGGAACUGAUAUCCCAUCAGCCUUGCUAAGUACAACACAUGAAACACUCAUCCAUUUUUAUAGUGAUCAUUCUCAAAACAGGCAAGGAUUUAAACUUGCUUAUCAAGCUUAUGAGUUACAAAAUUGCCCUGAUCCUCCACCAUUUCAAAAUGGGUAUAUGGUCAACUCGGAUUAUAGUGUGGGACAAUCUAUUUCAUUUGAAUGCUACCCUGGAUAUGUUCUAAUAGGCCAUCCUGUCCUUACCUGUCAGCAUGGGAUCAACAGAAAUUGGAAUUACCCUUUCCCACGAUGUGAUGCACCUUGUGGAUAUAAUGUAACCUCUCAAAAUGGCACAGUUUAUUCCCCAGGAUUUCCAGAUGAAUAUCCAAUUUUAAAGGACUGCAUAUGGCUUAUUACUGUUCCUCAGGGACAUGGAAUUUACAUCAACUUCACCUUGUUACAGACUGAAGCAGUGAAUGAUUACAUUGCAGUCUGGGAUGGUCCUGAUCAGAAUUCACCUCAGCUUGGCAUUUUCAGUGGUAAUACUGCCCUUGAGACAGCUUACAGCUCCACCAAUCAAGUGCUCCUCAAGUUUCACAGUGACUUUUCAAAUGGAGGUUUCUUUGUCCUCAAUUUCCAUGCUUAUCAGCUGAAGAAGUGUCAGUCUCCACCAGCAGUUCCACAGGCUGAGAUACUUACUGAAGAUAAUGAUUUUGAAAUAGGGGAUUUUGUGAAGUACCAGUGCCUUCCUGGUUACACACUGUCAGGAACUGAUAUAUUGACCUGUAAGCUCAGUGAUCAGUUGCAAUUUGAAGGAUCUCCUCCAACCUGUGAAGCUCAAUGCCCAGCAAAUGAAGUCCGCACUGAGUCAUCUGGAGUGAUUCUGAGUCCAGGAUAUCCAGGCAACUACUUUAACUCCCAGACUUGCUCCUGGACCAUUAAAGUGGAAGUAGGCUAUAAUAUCACUAUCUUUGUAGAAACUUUCCAGAGUGAGAAGCAGUUUGAUGUGUUGGAAAUAUUUGAUGGUUCUUCUGGGCAAAGUCCUUUAUUAGUACUUUUAAGUGGAAAUCACACUGAACAAUCAAAUUAUACAAGCAAGAGUCAUCAAUUAUAUUUUCGCUGGUCAACUGAUCAUGCAACUAGUAAGAAAGGAUUCAAAAUCCGUUACUCAGCUCCAUAUUGUAGUUUGACCCAGAGUCUGAAGAAUGGAGGGAUUGUGAAUAGGACCAGGGGACCAGUUGGAAGUCGGGUACAUUUUUUUUGCAAGCCUGGACAUAGAAUGAUUGGCCAUAGUAAUGCGACUUGCAGACGCAACCCAAAUGGCAUGUAUCAAUGGGAUUCCCUCACACCACUCUGCCAGGCUGUUUCCUGUGGCAUUCCAGAAUCUCCUGGAAAUGGAUCUUUUAUGGGUAAUGAGUUCACUUUGGACAGUAAAGUGAAUUAUGAAUGUAAUGAAGGCUUCAGGCUAGAAUCUAGUCAACAAGGAACAGCAACUUGUCAAGAAGAUGGAUUGUGGAGUAACAGAGGAAAGCCACCCACCUGUAAACCGGUGACUUGCCCUAGUAUUGAGACCGAACUUUCAGAGCAUGUUAUCUGGAGACUAGUCUCUGGGUCAGUGAAUGAGUAUGGAGCUCAAGUCGUACUAAGUUGCAGCCCUGGUUAUUAUUUAGAUGGUCAAAGGCUCAUACAGUGCCAAGCUAAUGGAACGUGGAGUGUAGGAGAUGAAAGGCCAAGUUGUAAGGUUAUCUCAUGUGGAGGUCUAUCUUUUCCACCAAAUGGUAAUAAGAUUGGAACAUUAACCAUAUAUGGAGCAACAGCUAUAUUUACUUGCAACACAGGAUACACUCUUGUUGGCUCACAUGUCAGAGAAUGCUUAGCAAAUGGACUUUGGAGUGGUACAGAAACUCGAUGUCUAGCUGGUCACUGUGGUUCUCCAGAUCCAAUUGUAAAUGGUCAUAUUAGUGGAGAUGGCUUCAGUUAUCGUGACACUGUGGUCUAUCAAUGUAAUCCUGGAUUUAGGCUUGUUGGAACAUCUGUCAGGAUAUGCCUACAGGAUCACAAGUGGUCUGGACAAACUCCUGUUUGUGUCCCAAUCACAUGUGGACAUCCUGGAAACCCUGCUCGUGGAUUGACAAAUGGUAGUGAGUUCAACUUGAAUGAUAUAGUAAACUUCACCUGUAGCACAGGUUAUCUCCUUCAGGGUGCAGCAAGAGCCCAGUGUCGGAGCAAUGGCCAAUGGAGCAGCCCUUUACCAACUUGUAGAGUGGUGAACUGUUCUGAUCCAGGCUUUGUCGAAAAUGCCAUUCGUCAUGGGCAACAAAAUUACCCUGAAAGCUUCAAGUAUGGGAUCAGUGUCAUGUACCAUUGCAAGAAGGGCUUUUACUUGCUGGGCUCCUCUGCCUUAACCUGCAAGGCAAAUGGUUUAUGGGAUAGAUCAUUACCCAAAUGUUUAUCUAUUUCGUGUGGACAUCCUGGUGUUCCUGCCAAUGCUAUCCUUACAGGAGAACAAUUUACGUAUGGAUCUAUAAUUCAUUAUUCUUGCACCAUGAGCCGAACUCUCAUAGGAAAUGCUACCAGAGUCUGCCAAGAAGACAGUCACUGGAGUGGAACCCUCCCACACUGUUCAGGAAACAAUCCAGGGUCUUGUGAUGAUCCAGGAACACCAGCUCAUGGCUCUAGGCUUGGGGAAGAAUUCAAGGUUAAAAGUCUUCUCCGUUUCUCCUGUGAAAUGGGUUACCAGUUGAGAGGCUCUCCUGAGAGAACAUGCUUGCUUAAUGGAUCUUGGUCUGGAGUACAGCCAGUGUGUGAGGCUGUGUCUUGUGGAAAUCCUGGCACUCCUGCAAAUGGCAUGAUAAUAAACAGUGAUGGAAUACUCUUCUCAAGCUCAGUGAUCUAUGCCUGUUGGGAAGGUUACAAGACUUCAGGGCUGACAACUCGCCAUUGCACAGCCAAUGGGACUUGGACUGGCACAGCUCCUGACUGUACAGUUAUAAGUUGUGGAGAUCCAGGUACCUUGGCAAAUGGCAUUCAGUUUGGAAAUGAUUUUACCUUUAAUAAAACUGUGAGCUAUCAGUGUAAUCCAGGAUAUCUGAUGGAACCUGCUAGUGCAUCUACAAUCCGAUGCACAAAAGAGAGCACUUGGAAUCAAAGUAAACCAGUCUGCAAAGCUGUCAUGUGUGGUCAACCCCCUCAAGUCCAAUAUGGAAAAGUGGAGGGAACAGAUUACAGCUGGGGGGCCAGCAUAAGCUACAGUUGUGCUGAGGGCUAUCAGCUCUCCAAUUCAGCAAUCCUUUCCUGUGAAGGACGGGGAGUGUGGAGAGGUGACAUUCCACAGUGUCUGCCUGUAUUCUGUGGUGAUCCUGGCACUCCUGCUGAGGGGAAGAUUAGCGGAAAAAGCUUCAUCUAUAGAUCUGAAGUCUCCUUCCAGUGCAAAUCUCCUUUUAUAUUGAUAGGCUCUUCAAAAAGAAUCUGCCAAGCAGAUGGCACUUGGAGUGGAAUACAACCCACAUGUAUUGAUCCAGCUCACAAUACCUGCACAGAUCCUGGUACCCCACAUUUUGGAAUGCAAAACAGCUCUAGAGGUUAUGAGGUCGGAAGCACUGUCUUUUUCCGAUGCAGAAAGGGUUACCACAUUCAGGGCUCUACAACACGCUCUUGCCUUGCUAAUUUAACAUGGAGUGGCAUACAGACUGAAUGCAUUCCUCACGCAUGCAGACAACCAGAGACACCAGCCCAUGCAGAUGUGAGAGCAAUAGAUCUUCCUACUUUUGGUUAUACAUUAGUAUAUACCUGUCAUCCUGGAUUUUUUCUUGCGGGUGGAUCUGAGCAUCGGACAUGUAAACCAGAUAUGAAAUGGACAGGGAAAUCACCUGUUUGUAAAAUUCCUUCCGAUGUAUUUUUCAUCAACUCAGUGUGGAAAGGCUAUUAUGAGUAUUUAGGGAAAAGACACCCUGCAACUUUAACUGUGGACUGGUUCAAUGCAACAAGUAGCAAAGUAAAUGCCACGUUUAUUGAAGGAUCUAACGUGGAGCUAAAACUUUCAGGUGUUUAUAAGAAGGAGGAAGCUCAUUUACUUCUGAAAGUUUUCCAGAUUAAAGGACCAGUGGAAAUUUUUGUAAGCAAGUUCGAAAAUGACAACUGGGGACUAGAUGGUUAUGUAUCAUCAGGGCUUGAAAGAGGGGGAUUUACCUUCCAAGGUGAUAUACAUGGGAAAGACUUUGGAAAAUUCAAGCUAGAAAGACAAGGUCCUUUAAGUAUAGAUCCUGAUUCUUCAAAUCAUUAUUAUGGCACAAAUAGCAGUUCUGUUGCAGCUGCCAUUCUAGUUCCAUUCUUUGCGCUCAUUUUAUCAGGUUUUGCAUUUUACCUCUACAAACACAGAACAAGACCAAAAGUACAGUAUAAUGGCUAUGCUGGACAUGAAAACAGUAAUGGACAAGCUUCAUUUGAAAAUCCUAUGUAUGAUACAAACUUAAAACCCACAGAGGCAAAAGCUGUGAGGUUUGACACAACUCUGAACACAGUUUGUACAGUGGUAUAGCCUUCAGUGCCCCCAAAAUGACUGAUUCAUAGCCAUACCUCUGAUGGACAAGCAGUAAUUCCUUUGGUGCCAUAUACCACUCUCCCUUCUACUCUUGGCUUCGCUGCGGUAAUCUUGAACAUCUUCUCCUGGCAUAUACAUGCAGUCAGAGUCUUCUGGGGAUCAAAUCAAAGACACCAUCUUCAUCCUUGAAAGUAGAUUAAAAGUGCUUGGCUGCGUCUGCUUGAAAUCAAGGCACAUUUAAGGAAGACUGCCAAGUCAUGCCAAUUUGUCAUACUUAAUGCCUCAGACUUUCAUAUUCGUAUGUGACUGGGAUGCCUUUCAAUGCAAUCUUUUGGGCACUUGGAUAUAUCCUUUGGGUGCCAUAACAAAACAAGAGCACCACAGUAUGUUUUUGGUUUUGUUUUGUUUUGUUUUAAUCCCCAUGAACAGAAAUGUUCUGAAGAAAAAAAAAGCUUUCCUAAAAGAGAAAAAAACUUUCUGGUAGAUGCACACACCUACAAAUGCUUUGUUGGUGACAUCGCUGAGAUGCUCUUGCAGUUGGACAAACUCACCGUAUGUCUCCAAUGUUCAUACAUAGGGCAGUCUGCAAAUUUCCCAGUCAGCUGUUGUAUUGCAGAAUUUUUGAUGCACAAUUUUUUGCACUAGUGUGUUCUGAAUGACUAAAAUUCUGAUACAAACUAUGUAUACAGGGUUUCUACACACUGUCCAUUGUAUAUAAGCAUUAUUUCACAUUGUCAAGCUCAGCAUUCCAUGGUCAGUUUUUUGUUGACCUGUUAGAAAAUAUUCCCCACAUUUGGCACAAGUUUGAAAAGAAAUGUGAUACCGAAUAGAUUUUUGGGUUUACUUUUAUUCAAGUUUUUUUGACUCCAUUUAUAUAGAUAAAACCAUUGGGCAUGUCAACAAAGGGAGAAAAAAAAAGUCCACCUUCACUUCCAGUAUUUUUUUUUCCUUCUGAUUGUACCAUUGUCAGUCACUUAUUUUCAGUAUCAUCCUAUUUAACAGCAGGGGGGUUGGCAGCAAUUGCUGCCUGCCGUGUAAAAAUGUGAAUAGUAAUUUAUUUUAGAUAGCUCACAAAACCUGUGAGAUUUAGCUCACAAUACAGUCUUCCCUUUUACAUUACGGCCAUUCUUCCUUUUGACGGGGCAUCAUUUUUUGAUAUUGCAUGAAAGACAAUAUAGUCUGCUAGCACACAGAACCCAGUGGGAAUUGUCAGUAUCAAAAUACUCCAGUUUUUUUUUUAUUUUGAGGGAAAAAAGCAACACUGCUGACGUUGGUUCACAUAAUUUUUUUUUAUUAACCACAUCUCUGCUUCAUGCUUUGUAAUCCCCCAGUUGAAAAGAAAAUAUAAUGGUUUUGAAGUCACAGGAAUCCAUGUAGAUGAAUUAUGAAUUAAAGGAUAAAUAAUGCUUCUUAUGAAAUUCAAAGGGGACAAAACCACAAUAUGAAGGCAGGGGAAAAAUUGAAUGUGUGUAUGGGUCUGAAGUUCAAGAUGACUGUUCAUUAGCAUUGAUUUCUAUAUUUUGAUAAAAUGAUUACAAACUUUUAAGUUUUGUGUUUUUAAGUUCUUAACAUUUAAAUUUCACACGCUGAAAAGCCCCUUCCCUGAAUUCCUAAUUGGAAGUAAUGGAAAUGGGAAAUAUUGUUUCUAAAUGGUCUUUUGUUUGACAGGGGAUUUAUAGUCAAUUCAAUUCAACAAAGGUUUCUUAAGUACAUGCUUUGUAUACUACACAGUACUAGACCAUUAUCAAACUAUUAUAAGAUUUUAAGUAUUAGUCCAUUAAAAGCAUAGCUUCAAGGUAUGAAAAUGAGGUUUGAAAAAAUGUCAAGGUUUAAAAAAAAAGAUAGGCAUUUUGCUUCAAUGCUUUCAGUCAUAGGGCAUCUGAGUGCUUGCUCUUUAUUGAAAGGGCAUAUACUUUUAAGGAGACCAAGUGGAUCUCUUCCAGUUUUAUUUUGCAUUUCAGUUUUGCUGGUAAAAAAAAAAAACUGUUAUGAAUACAGUGUAUUCUCUGAACAAAUGUCUGAGUUGAUAGCACCUCUGGAGUUUGCGUCAUCUCUCAGUAUCUCUCAACAGAAUGGAUAACAUCAAUAGGACAUAGAAUUGAGUGACUGACCCAUAGAUUAAUAUUAUCAGAACCUUUGGUGGUGUGGAUUUUCUGUACAAGUGAGAACAAGGUUACCAUACACAUAUACACACUCAGUCAUACACACACACACAUACACACACAUACAUACACACACACACACA